AUGGAUCCAUUCCACUUGGUCUACACUGCAUCUUUUGCCUUCUUCGAGGCUCUGUGGGAGGCUGGCGUCACUCAUGUCUUCGUGAAUCUGGGUUCUGAUCAUCCCUCAAUCCUGGAAGCCAUGGUAAAAGGCCAGAAGGAGAAGCCCAAGGAAUUCCCUAAGAUUGUAACAUGUCCCAAUGAGAUGGUGGCUCUCUCCAUGGCCGAUGGAUAUGCGCGUCUUACUGGCAAGCCUCAAUGUGUGAUCGUUCACGUCGAUGUGGGCACGCAGGGUCUUGCUGCAGCCAUUCACAACGCUUCCUGUGGUCGUGCUCCGGUUCUGAUCUUUGCCGGCCUAUCUCCUUAUACAAUUGAGGGUGAGAUGCGAGGUUCUCGUACCGAAUAUAUCCACUGGAUCCAAGAUGUUCCGGACCAGAAGCAGAUCGUCUCUCAGUACUGUCGUUAUGCUGGAGAAAUUCGGUCGGGUAAGAACAUCAAGCAGAUGGUGAACCGGGCUUUACAAUUCGCCACAAGCGACCCUCAGGGUCCUGUCUACCUGGCCGGUGCUCGGGAAGUCAUGGAGGAAGAAAUUAUCCCGUACUCUAUCAACCAAAGCCAGUGGGUACGGGUUGCUCCACCAGCACUACCUUCAGAAGGAGUGGAGUUGAUUGCAACUGAGCUUGCGGCUGCCAAAGAGCCAUUGGCGAUCGUAGGAUACUCGGGCCGCAACCCCCAGGCAGUGAAGGAGUUGGUCACUCUAGCCGACAAAUUCAAGGGCCUUCGCGUUCUGGAUACUGGAGGCUGCGACAUGUGCUUCCCAGGUGACCAUCCGGCGUCUUUAGGAAUGCGGUUUGGGAUUCAUGAUGCGAUAAAAACGGCAGAUUUCAUUCUCGUCGCCGACUGUGACGUACCAUGGAUCCCAACCAUUUGCAAGCCUUCCGACACCGCCAAAAUUGUCCACGUAGACGUGGACCCUCUCAAGCAGCAGAUACCUGUGCACUACAUCAACUCGAGCGCAACAUACCGGGCGGAAUCUGCGACCGCAUUCAAGCAGAUCAACGAUUAUAUUGCGUCCAAUUAUCAGCUACAGCAAUCUAUCAACACAGCAGAGAACCAGGCGCGGGGCGAACGCCGCGAACAAGAAUUCAGAAAGACGCGCAAGGCAAUCGCCGAUAUGGCCGUGGUCCCAGCAGGCGGGGACCGUGCGCCAUUGAACGCGUCGUAUCUCAUCUCCCAGCUCCGGGGAGGCUGUCCUGCUGACACCAUCUGGGCGAUCGAGUCUGUGACGCUGACUGGUAUCGUCUCCGAUCAAAUCGCGGCAACUAUUCCGAAGUCAUGGAUCAACUGCGGCGGCGGUGGUCUGGGUUGGUCUGGUGGCGGUGCUUUGGGCAUCAAGCUCGCGACCGAUCUCGAGCACGGAGGCAAUAACAAGGGCAAGUUUGUCUGUCAGAUCGUGGGCGACGGCACAUACCUCUUCUCGGUGCCUGGCUCCGUGUACUGGGUGGCGCGCCGAUACAACAUCCCCAUCCUAACGAUUGUCUUGAACAACAAGGGCUGGAAUGCCCCGCGGAGGAGUAUGCUGUUGGUACACCCCAACGGCGACGGCUCCCGGGCCACCAACGAGGACCUCAACAUCUCCUUCGCGCCCACUCCGGACUACCCUGGGAUCGCGAAAGCGGCCUCAGGAGGUGAGUUCUGGGCGGCUCAGGCGUCCACGGUUGCGGAGCUCCGCCGCUUGCUGCCUGAGGCCAUCAAGAGUGUACAGAAUGGCACCACGGCUGUGUUGGAAGCGCAGCUGGAUGGGACGGAGGGCAACCAUCGCGGCCGCCGAGGAUCUUCUUGA